GUAUACAUAGGAUGAUCAGGAGCUCUGAGUAGACCACUGGGAGACUUCAGUAUGGCGAAGGUGGCCAGUAAAUCACAGGAGCCUAAUGAAGAUGUGGACAAGCAGACCCCAUCAACCCCAAGAACCAAAGGGAGGAAGAAAGGGAAGACUCCCUGUCAACCAAGAUCCAGAAGUGGUGUUAAGGGGCUAAAGACCACCAUGAAGGCAAAAAGACCCCUUCGAGGGAGCUCAAGCCAAAAAGCCUCUGAAACUGACACCCCUACAAGAAAACUUAAGAAAGCUAAAGGGCCAAUACUGUAUGGUCAUUAUCACCGGCUGAAAGAAAAAAUGAAGAAAGAAGAGGCAGAAAAAGACCAAAAGACUGAGGAGAACUCCAGCGUUUCAAGUGAUGACCUGAGCAGCCAAUAAUUUCAAAGGGAAAAGAGAGACCUCACCUCUGUGACGUCUCUAGAGGUCUGGCCACUGAGAAGUAAACAAUCAGACAGACAAUGAAUUCUACACCAACAGGUUAAAAUCAUGAAAAUAAAAUCAACCUGAAU